AUGCAAGCGGCUUCCAACCAGCAGCCCGGCGGCCGCGCGCUCCGCCCUGGAGUCAAAGGGCGCCUCGCCCUCCCCUUUAUAGCCCUGUCCCCGUGGGCGCGGCCUGUGGGGAGGGAGGCGUCCAAGGGGCGGGACAAGACGCCUCCCCCCCCAGCCGAGGAGCCCCGGGAGAGCGGGAGACCCCCGCCGCCUGCCCAGCCCGACCUGCCGCAGUCCGCGAGGCUCUCCAGAGACUCUAAUUUGGAACGUCGAGGAUAAUUAGGAAUACAAAGCCGCUGGUUGUGAAGGCGCUUCCUCGGCCCAAGUGAGCAGGGCGCCGCCGGGUGCUGCCUGGCUCUGGCGGAGCUCCGCAGGGUCCGAGGGGGCGGAGGGGCGAAGGGAAAGGAAGCCGAGGACGGGGCGGGCUCCCGGGAUGCCCCUAUGGACACACUCAAGGAAAUCUGUCCUUUAGAGGCAAGACUAGGGGGGAACACGAAAGAGGCGCCUGGAGGAAGAAUUCGGCUGGUCGAGGGCGGGGCGGGGCCGCCGCUGCUCGGCCUGCCCCCCCGCCCCGUCCCUUCCUGGGCUUGACCAAAGGUGCCUCCGCGCCGCCUUCGCCCACUUCCGACGGCAGAGCAGCCUCCGCGGAGGAGAGCGAGCGAGCGCCCCCGCCAGCAGCGCCCCCGCCCGCCCGCCUUCCGAGGGGCUUCGGCCACCCUCCGCCCCGCCGAGAAGGUAGGGGACCGAGCCAGACCCGCUCCGGGGGCAGAGGCGGGCGGCCGGGCGAGAGGGGCGCCGGCGUCGGGCGCGGUUUCCUGAGCAGGGCAGCCCCGAGCAGCGGCGGAGAGAAGCGGCCUGGGCUCGGGGCUCGGGAAGCGCGGACUAGUGGGGGCGCCGACGAGGCGGGGAGACUCGAGCGCCGCCGAGAGCGGCUGACGGGGUGGGCGGGGCGCCUUCAACUGCUUACGAUUUUUUAUUAAAUGUCGAUCGCGCCCUUCGUCGGAAGAUCACAGGUCAGUUUGCAGGGGGUCGGCCUAGAUGACCCUGGGGGGUCCCGUCCAACUCUAAGAUUCUAUACAAGCACAACAUAGUAUAAUGUAGUAAUAAAAAUAAUAAAUACCCCCCCCGCACAUUUAAAAGACCAGAGGUUAUUCAGCAGCCUGCAUGGCAAGGUGUGGCUAGAUGCCCCUGGGGGGUCCCGUCCAACUCUCCCAUUCCAUGAGUCUGGCGUUUCCACCAGAUGCCUAAUGGUGUUUCUCUGGCGUCAGGUUUCACAGCGCAGCUCAGACAGUGUCAGGAAGGGGGGGGGCAGACACAGCCCACUUGUUUACCCUUUGGUCACCCCCAUGCAAGGGGGCACAGUGAGGGGGAGAGCUCCAGCACAGGCCCCUCUUGCCCUGGCAGGCCCAGCCUGGCACCCUCCUCCCUGUCUGCUCUUUGGCACCCUGCAGCCCUCUGGAGACUGGGAUUGGCUGGAAGGAGCUGCCGCAGUUUGGCCCCUGUCAGGCCCCAGCCAUCCAGAUCCGGCUUCUGGGGACUUUUGCCCCUUGGGCUUUUCAAGCGGAUCUCUGCCCGGUCCCUGGAAUCGGCUCCAUUCCAUUGCUCCUUCCCAAGCAGCUUGGACAGCACCCAGUCCAGGCAGUGGCAGUGGCAGCGUUUCCUUGGCAGAGGUCAUUGCAUUCCCCUUGCUUUUUCUCAGUUUGGCUUUGACCACUUACUCCUGAUGAAGUCUUCUGUGCCAGGGGAGACAAAGGAGGCGCUGACCUGCUUGCUUGGCUGUCCCCUCACGCUUCCCCAGCUGCCUGCCAACUCCACACAGAGUUGAGUUGGAAGGGAUCCCAAGGGCCAUCUAGUCCAAGCCCAGCAACGAAGGAAUCUCAGCUAACACCCUCCCAUCCAAAGACAAGGAAAUGAACAGCUAUCUGACUGUUAGAGGACAUCUGAAGGCAGCCCUGUAUCAGGAGGUUUUUAACGUUUGAGGUUUACUAUGUUUUAUAUGUACUGUAAGCCACUCAGAGUGUCUGGGGAAACCCAGCCAGAUGGGUGGGGUGUAAAUAAAAUAAUAAAUAAAUAACGCAAGCAAGCAUCCAUGACAGAUGGUCACUUAACCUCUGCUUAGAAACCUCCAAGGAAGGAGAGUCCACAACCUCUUGUGAGAGUCUGUUCCACUGUUGAGCAGCUCUUACUGUCAGAAAAUUCUUCCUGAUGUUUAGUUGGAAUCUCCUUCUUGUAACUUGAAGUCAUUGGAUCAGGUCCUCCAGAGCAGGAGAAAACAGGCUUUCCCCCUCUUGGGCUACUGGAUCCCUGCCAAGCACAGGAUGGGGCCUGUUGGGUAACAAGCGGCUGCUUAGUAUCUUGGCUUUCUUAUCAAAUGCAGGCAAGCUUCUUCUUCUUCUUCUUGAGUUAAAAGCAUCAUACUUUUUUUAAACAAAAUUAUUUGGUUUUUCAAAUUACAGUUUUACCAUCAGAUAUCCAACAUACAGACAAGAUCCCAGAGAAUCUCCUGGGCUCCCCUCCUCUCCUUUGUGGGUCUGAUUGUUAAUCAUUUCCUCCUGCAUCUUUUAUAAUAAUCCAAAUCUUUUACAUCUCCAUUAUAUCCAAAAUUCACCAUUAAACUACAAGUGUAGUCAAAUGCAGGCAAGCUUCUAGUCCUCAUAGAAGUUGACCUGCAUUGGACAUGGCAGUGUGCAGGACGCAAAGCACUGGCCUUUUUCUCGUGGCACUUCGUCUCUACAAAAUACUCCACCAAACCUCAGACGCUACAGUUGAUGGCCUGAGGGGGUACCCGGCCUUCUCUUGGGGGUCUGUCCCUGGGAACACUCUUGUGAAUGGAGAGGAGGCGCCCUCCCCUUCUUGCUGUGGGGCCAACCAAGUGCAGGUUUCAUCUCCCCUUCUCUCCCUCUCCUCCUCCAGCAAGAUGGCGUCACAGAAGCUGCAGGUGGCCGUGGUUGGGGCUGGGGCUGCUGGUCUGUGCGUCGCCCGCCACAUCCUUGCCUCACCCGAGACGUUUGCUCCUCCCGUGGUGUUCGAAGCCUCUGGCUGCCUGGGAGGCACCUGGGUUUACUUGGAGGAAGAGGCUGAGGGGCGGCCCACUCACUCCAGCAUGUACCGGGACCUCAGGUAGCCACCCGGGGACGUGGCCCCCUCUUUCACCCCCAUGUGUGUGUCUUGGGUCCCUGGGAGGCAAGGGAGCUCAUCCUGCGGCUGCGUCCUGUUCCCCCUCCCAGGACCAACCUGCCCAAGGAGGUGAUGGCCUUUCCUGACUUCCCCUUUGACCCGGCGCUGCCUUCCUUCCUCCACCACUCAGAUGUGCUGGCCUACCUGGAAAGCUACGCGGAGCAUUUUGGGGUCUACGAUCACAUCCAGGUGAGACUCAGCUGGGGUGGCGGCGCUUGAGUCUGUUACUGGGAAAUUGGAGGGGGGGUGAGAGACCUCCCCACCAUGAGCCUUGCCUCACCACAAGGCAAGGACAGGGGGUCUUCGCUGCACAUUACCCAAACCUCAUUCAUUUAGGUUCAGAACUCCAUUCACAAAGUGCCUGUCUAAUCAUAAACUCCAGAUCCCUGAUAGCAGCCCCUAAUGCUUAGAAAAUUAAGAGCAACAAACAGUGGUACCUUGGUUUUCAAACGUCUCCAUUGACAAAUGGAGUUUUCGAAUGCUGUCAACCUGGAAGUAGAUGCUUCAGUUUUCGAACAUGCCUUGGAACUCAAACGUGCCACACGGCUUCCGUUUUGAGUUUUCUGUUUUGAGGAUUCCGUUUUGAGUUUUUGGUAUCCGAAUGUUUCAGAACUUGAAUGGUCUUCUGGAAUGGAUUACGUUUGAAAACUGAGGUACCACUGCAUCUGCAAAGACAUCUGCAAGGGAAGCUCGGCUCAAUUUGCAGGAGGAGCCCAUGACUCCUCUCUGAGCCCCAGGUCUCCAACAAAGGAAAACAGGGAAAGUGUCAGAACCAAAUGUUGCAAUUCACUGAAAAAUGUAUCUAUGUACUGGCUUUCUGGGAAAACUUUAGAAAUUCUUAAGAAAUUACUUGUAUCAAUCUUCUCAGUUCCAGUGGCAUGUAGGACCCAGGGAAGUGAGGUAUAAGGGGAGGGGUGAGAGAGCCCACCAUAAUCCCUGGGAUGUACAGUCACUCCGCAGGGCUUUCCCAAGGAGUCAUGACCCCAAAGAGUGUCAGACUGAGUGUCAGACUCAAUCACAAUGCCUACCUGCCCCAUAAUGGGAUGAAGGGGUGUAUUUGACUUGACUCAGGGGCCAGAGAACUGUCAAUGCUUUCCUUUGUACUGUGAUGGAGUACCGUAAGUGUGAAAUACUAUAUGUGAGUGACGGGGCAGGCCUGGAUCUCAGGUUCUACAUGAGACGCCACCUUUUCUGUGACAUAUCUAUGAUGUCUGGAUGAUGUAGGUCAGAGGGAGGCCACAGCAGCAAGGACUCAGGAUCUCUUUUUGGUCCAACAUAAAGAGUACCCCUGAGCAUGUGGCAUUUCUCUGGCCACUAAGAACCUAAGAAGAGCUCGCAGGAUCAGGCCAAUGGCCCAUCUCAUCCAGCAUCCUGUUCUCACAAUGCCUGAACAGGAUCCGAGCACAAGAGCUUGGAAUAGGCAGUCCCCAUACAUCUGGGGCAGGGACUCUCAGGCAGGCCAUGCCCCACCAUCUUGUGUCAGAAAUGAAGGGCUGCCUGGCAUCUCCAGGGGUUCAGCGGGAGCUUCUCCAAGCUUGUUCCAGAGCUGUGGCUUCUCUGGUCCCAUCAAGGAGUUCCUCUGCCCCCCAGAGGCCUUUCCCUGCCCACUGCUGGGUCUCCGCUGGCCCCCUCCCUGCCUGAGGGCCUUCUUCUCCCUCCUGCAGUUCCGGAGCGAGGUGAGCCACAUCCGGCCUGUGUCCAGCAGCGAGGGCCAGCCAGGGGGCUGGGAGGUCACAGCCACACAGCAGGGGCCAGAGACAACCCAGAAAGUCACAAAGCACUUUGAUGCCGUCAUGGUCUGCACUGGGUGAGUUCAGCAAUGAAAGUCAAAAUCCCUUUGGCCCUGUGCCCGGGGAGGGGGAAGCGUGACUUGGCAGCAGGAGCCGCAGAAAUCAUUGCAAGGAAAGUGAGUUAGCUGCACCCUGAGGCUUCACAGAAUGAUCUUUACCCGUGUCCUGCAUCAGUCAGGCCUCCUAUGGUCUCUGUCCUUUAUGGGUGUAGACAAGCAGGGAUGGGGUCAGAAGGGACAAGAAAGAGGGUCCGAGGAGGGGAGGUGAAUGGGGUUGGGUGUGCUUUGCCUGGAAAGGAAAAGACCAAGCAGGGGACAUGAUCACACAAGAGGGCUAGAGGGUUGCUUGGGGGGGGGCAUGGCAAAACGCCUUGAUGGUAAGAGUCCUAGGACAACCAGUUACUGAGAUGGGGGUGCCCUCACUGGAGGUCUUUCAAGCAGAGUCUUGGGAUUACUUUGCUCUGGAUUCUCAACACUGAGCGGGGUGGGGGUGCAGUCAUAGAAUCACAGAAUGGUAAAGUUGGAAGGGGUCCCAAGGGUCAUCUAGUCCAACCCCAUGCAAUGCAGGAAUCUCAUUGGCUGAUGUCAAGUGCCCAAGGUGGCUGGAACUGGCUGGGCUGUGGGGAGGGCCGGGGACCAUUUUCAGGACCCCCCCUUCCCAAUUUUAUCAGGAAGGGCCCAGCCUGACUCCCUCCUCUGGCAACCUGCACAGAACUUUGCUUAACGGUUGCCAUUAAUUUGAUUUUAAUUAAUUUUUAUAAUGAAAUGUUUUAGAAUGUUGGAUUAUUUGAUUGUUUGAUUAUUUGAUUGUUGUUAGCCGCCCUGAGCCCGGCUUUGGCUGGGGAGGGCGGGAUAUAAAUAAAAUUUAUUAUUAUUAUUAUUAUUAUUAUUAUUAUUAUUAUGUUCUCUUAGUCUCUGGGAACCAAUCAGGGCAGAGGUGGGGGCAGGGGCGGGACCUGGCUGGUCAUGUGUCCUGACAAUCCUGUUUUUGCAGCCAUUAUGCCAACCCAUUCAUCCCUCCCAUUCCUGGCCUGGACAGCUUUCAAGGUAAGGACCAAGGAGGAGCUCUGAGGCAGCAGCCUGGCCAGGUUCAAGGGGGCUCUUCUGAUGUCACCCCCCCAUCCCGUUUCCCACAGUGGCCAGCCAGGGCCAAGCAGGGCCUGAAGGCCAGCUCUCCCCCCUUUCUCCCCAGUAGCUGACCUUCACAGGUAGACUGCUGUGGAAGCUGAAGGCUCUGUACAGCUGACACGACUAAGAGCCAGUGGUGGGCAGGUCCUCUUUAAAGCUGAGGGCAGGUCUUCUUGUUGCCAGUUCUGCAAAUUUGCCUUGUGUGGAUAAGCCGUUCCUUUUGUCUGCCCAGAGUCUCCUUCUGGUGGUCACAUUUUAAUAUUAUUAUUAUUAUUAUUAUUAUUAUUAUUAUUAAUUUAUUAUUUAUACCCUGCCCAUCUGGCUGGGUUUCCCCAGCCACUCUGGGCAGCUUUCAACAAAACACUAAAAUACAAUAACCUAUUAAACAUUAAAAGCUUCACUAAACAGGGUUGCCUUUAGAUGUCUUCUAAAAGUUUGGUAGUUAUUUUUCUCUUUGACAUCUGGUGGGAGGGCAUUCCACAGGGCAGGUGCCACCACCGAGAAGGCCCUCCUCUCCUCCCAGAGAGGUUCUGAGGGUGACAACAAGAGAAAGGGCCUUUUCUGUGGUGGCUCCCUGAUUGUGGAGUGCCUCUCCCCAGGGAGGCUUGCCUGGCACCAUCAUUACAUGCCUUAAGGCGCCAGGCAAAAACAUUCCUCUUUGUCCCGAUCUUUAGCCAUUAAAUAAUCUAGGGCCUGUUGCUGUUAUUCGAAUUUGUAUUCUUAUUCAUUAAAUUUGUAUACCCCCCUGUACUCCUCAGGGCGGUUACAACAUAAAAUCGCAAUAUGAAAACACAAAAUUCACAAUAAAAACAAAAGCCAAAGCAACCCUAUAACCCCCUCCCCCUGCUAAAGGUGGGGGAACUCUUAUUACGGUUAUCUUAUUGUUGUGCUGCCUAUUACUAGCCUUUCUGUUCUCUUCUUCUUAUGAUGCUUCCUAAAAUCUAUUCUUAAUGUUGCACUCCACCCUGGGAUCUGUCCAUAAACGGUGGACUAUACUAAUUUGGGGUUGCGGAGCAGGUGGGGAGACCCUGGCCAGGGGAGGGGAAGGGGGCUGGAGCGCCCGAGGAGCUGCGGGCGAGAGAAGGCUGCUCGCGGGCAGGGGGAGCCAUGCCCUUCCCGUAGCACCCACCCCUGCCUGCCUUUUGCUCUCCUCUCCAGGCCGCCUCCUGCACAGCCACUCCUACCGGCGCCCGGAGCCCUUUGCCGGGCAGAGGGUGGUGCUGGCGGGCGCCGGCCCCUCCGGAGUCGACCUGGCGCUGCAGCUGGCCCCUCUGGCGGCGCGGGUGGUGCUGAGCCACCAGGGCCCCCCGGUCCGCGGGCUGCCCCGGGACGUGCUGCAGGUUCCCCCUCUGGCUCGGGUGUCGGCGGAGACGGUGGUGCCCAGGGACGGCUCUGCGCUGCCGGCCGACGCCUUGAUCCUCUGCACGGGCUACCAAUACCGCUUCCCCUUCCUGGAUCUGGCGCAGCUGGGCUUGCGGGAGACGGAGUAUGGGCUGGGGCCCCUGUACCGGCACCUGCUGGCCCCCCGGCACCCGUCGCUGUUCCUGGUUGGCGUCUGUCAGCAGAUCUGCCCCUUCCCGCAUUUCCACUGCCAGGCGCUCUUCGCCCUGGCAGUGCUGAAGGGCGACUGCCCGCUGCCCUCCGCUGCCGAGAUGGAGGCCGAUGCCCAAGCGCAGCUGGACCGGCACCUGCGCCAGGGGGGUCUGGCGCGGCACUUCCUUCGCCUCCGGGCCCAGCAGUGGAGCUACGCGGAGGAGCUGGCCCACCUCGCAGGGUUCCCCCCGCUCCCGCCGGCGGUGCGGGAGAUCUAUGAAGCGACGCGCGCCAGCCGUGCCCAGGAUGUGAGCACGUACCGCGGAAGGAACUACCGGCUGUUGGGCCCAGAUGCCUGGGAAGUCGUGCAAGGAGAGGCCGGGGAUGCAGAAGGAGGGCCUCUCCUUUGA